GCCAUAACGUCAACGAAAUAAAAUGUACCGGAAAUGAAAGUCAUGAAAGUGGUAAAUCAAUAUGUGUUGAAAACAUGUCCUGUGCCAGUCCGCUAAAAAUGGGUUCGCAACUGACAGAAAAAGAAAUAAAAGAAUAUCUUCAAAGCCAUCCAAAGGUAGUGGAGGAGUAUCUUGUGACUUCCGCUUCUGAAUCUUUUAUCGAAAAUGUCUUGCAGGAAAAACUGCGGGCGGAGGCGGGGGAUAAUUUUGCUGCAUCUGCAAAACCUCAAGAUCCACAGAGACCCCUGCGGUCAACAAUUUAUACAGAUACCGGAAUACGGGCGAUGAGCCGAAAAAUAAUUGGCUCUAUCAAAGACGAAGACAUAUACGAACGAAUUUAUGAAUUAUGUCUACUUAUCGAAACCGCCAUUGAUGCCGAGCACUUUCAUUUAUUUGCGGUGGAAAAUGACCAGGCACAUAUAGCCACGUAUGAGCCGGAAAGGGGUUGUAUACGCUUCGGAAAAAUCGGAAGAAAUCUUACAGUAGCAGCACAUGUCGCUACAGAAAAACUUCCGCUGAACAUAAAAUAUCUUGAAAAUGAUUCAAGGUUUCCAGAAGGUGUUGGCAUAGAGAAAUACAACAAAGGCCAUGUAAUAAGCAUUCCGUUAUUUCUUGAAUGUGGAAGUCCCUAUGUAAUCAUAGAGUUCUUAAGGAGCCAAGCGUCUUCUACAUUCAGUGAGUUUCAUUUUGAACUCGUAAAUGCGGUUAUGACAUGGGUUAUGGCGUGUUUGCAGAAGAUGAAACUGAACAAGUUGCUAAAACUGCAAGACGCAUUGAACAACUUCCUUCUGGAGACAACAAGAGUAAUGUUUGAUGACAUGGAAGAUAUAGACACACUGGUCACAAAUAUCAUGACGUUCACUAAGGACCUUGUUACAGCGGACAGAUGUGCCUUGUUUCUGGUAGACGAGGAGAGACAGGAGCUGUUUGCUGAUUACUUUGACGAGGGAAAGCAAAGUGAAGCCGGUCUUCCUGUGUUUACUAAGAAGUCACAAAUCCGAUUCCCAAAGGAUCGGGGUAUAGCCGGUUAUGUUGCCCAGACUGGCGAGGUGGUGAACAUCAAAGACGCGUACAGUGAUGAACGAUUUAACACAGAAAUAGACAAGAAGACUGGUUAUCGUACUAAAAAUAUCCUCUGCAUGCCAAUCAAUGGCAAAAAUGGAGUGAUAGGUGUGGUCCAGAUGAUAAAUAGAAAGAAUGGUGAUUUUUUCACGAACGAGGAUGUGAGCGCGUUCAAACUGUUCGCUGUGUACUGUGCGCUUGCAUUACACUAUUCUAGACUCUACAACAUGCUAGCACAUCAGCAGAUGAAAUACAAGGUAGCGAUGGAAGUUUUGCACUUUCACCUGACAUGCAGCGAAGAAGAAGCAAAGACAUUACAAGAUAACCCGUACCUCAGAGCCGAUCAGGUGCCCGCAACUUUUGACAAAUACGACUUCACUUGCUAUGAACAUGAAGAUAUUCUUCCCCGGCUGUUUAUAAAGAUGAUCGAGUAUACAUUUGGUAAGAAUACUUUUGAAGUGAACAAAUUGUGCCGCUUCGUGUUGACAAUAAAGAAAAACUACCGACCUGUCGUGUACCACAACUGGCAGCAUGGCUUCCAUGUUGCGCACUGUGUGUGGAGAAUUAUCGAGACUUCCGGUCUGAAAUUCACAAGGCUAGAAAAAAUGGCGCUGAUCGUGGGCGGGGUUUGCCAUGACGUCGAUCAUCGCGGUUACAACAACGAUUUCUUCAAGAAAUUGAAUCUACCCCUUGCAAACUUGUACACGACAUCAGUGAUGGAGCAGCAUCACUACAAGCAGACGAUAACGAUUCUCCACUCGGAGGGACAGGAUAUCUUCUCGUGUUUGUCAUCAAGCGAGCAUAAAGAUGUUCUAGAGUUAAUCAGGAAGUUUAUAACAGCGACGGAUUUGGCGCUGUAUUUUCCAAACCAGAAGUUCCUUUCUGGUUUAAUUGAAAAGAACGAGUUCAACUUUGAAGUUCAAAGUCACCAUGACGGCCUACUAUCGCUUAUGAUGACGGCCGCGGAUUUGUGUGCCAUUUGCAAACCGUGGUCAACACAAAAGAGAACUGCGAGGCUGAUUUACGAGGAGUUCUACAUACAGGGUGACGAGGAGAAGAAGCGAGGAAUACAGCCUAUACCAAUGAUGGACAGAAUCAAUGAAAAAGACAUCCCGAAAAUGCAGGUUGGAUUUAUUGGAUUUAUCUGCAAGCCGAUGUACACCACUCUAGCAACCCUUAUACCUGCCACACAGCCCCUCCUAGAUGGAUGUCUAAUAUGUAAGGAGAACUGGGAAAAGUGUGCUGCUGAAGCCGCAGCUGCCGAAGCCGAGGCCAUAUCUAAAAAUUAGACACUUUUUCUACAAAAAUGUAAAAAAAACAAAAAAACAGUCUGAUAUAUCAUAUGAUUAAGAAAAAAGUAAAAAUUGAAACUAUGUCAAAAUGCCGUCUCAUGAAUAAAGGAAUACAAUAUA